UGUGUGUGUGUGUGUGUGUGUCAGAUUAUGUAGCCAUCAUCCAUAGAUAACAUGGUCAAAUUCACACUAACUGUGACUGCUUCCUUAAAGUCAGUCUAUCCAUUAUGUAGCAGUUUUCUUUUGUCUGUUUGCUCUUUGAUUUAUUCUGAUAAUUUCUGGCAUUUCUGGAGCUGAGGGCGAGGUCACCCAUUGUACAGUACCAAGGUUGAAGCUGGGAAUGAAGAAGUGAAUAAUGAUGCCACACGCAUCAUAUUAACCACUGGUUGUCCCAAAAACAAUGUAUCUUCAUGUUACGAUUAAAAAAAAAAAAAAUUGUGAAUGAAAAUGGGGCCAACAGAAAUGGCUUUUAUUCUCACAGUUUAUUUUAGGUGGAGCUGAGUUAUGACGAUGUCUUGUUAGAUUUUGUUGUAUGUAUGUGUUUUUUUCAAUAUGAAUUCCAUAUUUGUUCAGGACACAUUUCCUUUUACGGUGAUCAGACUUGUGACAUUUCCACACAUCUCUAAACCAUUACGCCAUCCUACAAACUCCAAAACACUCCCCUUAAACUGGCUCUGAGCCUGGAGCGAGAGCACUGCUGCUCUCAAGUUUUUCCUCUUUUGCAUCUGAGCUUUCUCCAUGGACUCCCAUCUCAUCUGGGAAACUGACCCUGGAUUUACCAGUAAAGAUAUGUAAAAAACAUUUUUUUUUUCCUACUGACGAUCUGCAAAGAGUCACUCAGGGUGAAACCUCCUUCUAAACACAUUCUAUGGACUUUGAUCUGCCAUCAAUUAACAGCAAUGCACUUCUCAUUUGAGUGACUGAGAAGGCAUAUAUGUUUCUCCUCAGAUCUCUCUGAUAAGAGCUGUUUGCCUGCUAAUAUUGACUGACUAUGCAGUGCCAGUUCUCUAUUUCCUGGUAGCUUUACACUUCAGAUUCAUAUGGGAAAAUGGAGAAUACCUAUAAAUCUAAACAAUACGGAGGACGUUCAAACCUCAGCAGGCUUUUGUUGCUGCUGUUUCUGGCAGGCCUUCAGCCAGUACUGUCUUCAGAUGGAGAGACCCCUGGACUAGAUGGCGAUGACGACGACGAUGACCAGGAAGCAGUGAAAAUCAGCUGUACAAUUGUUGGUCCGGACUACGUCACUGUGGGCGUGCCAAGCAGCGUUGAGUGUUUUUCCAACUGCCUGAUGAUGAAAACUGCAUGUAGCUAUUCUAUGUCUUUGGAUGGACAGAUAGCCAAGGGUCAGGGCAAUGUGCUAGCCUUCACUGUUAACAAUUGGGUGGAGGAAUUAACAGUGACAUGUACAGUCACAGUUGAAGAUACAGGGCUAACUGCGACGACAACAAAGCAACUGCAAGUGUUAGCUGGACCUGUCAAUGUUUCCAUCACAGGCCCCGAUCUAAUGAAUCCAUCAGUGAGCCACACCUAUAGCUGCCAUGCCUACUGUCGGCCAUCUUGUAUCUAUGCCUGGAAGACGGAUAAAGGCCCAUGGAUAGGUGGUCAAGGGAAUGUUAUUUCAGUCACUCCUCUGGAGAUGGACAACUCCAAAAUGCUCAUCUGCAAAGCUACCAAUAGUGUGUCUGGGCUGUUUGACACUGCUACUCGGAACAUAGCUGUGGCCUCUGGUCCAUCUGAUGUCCAGAUCAAAGGCCCCGACGUAAUAGAAAUUGCAAAAAAGUACAAGUUUGUGUGCACUGCAGAAUGUCUGCCUUCUUGUCGCUAUGUGUCGUCUGUGGACAGCCAGACUGUGAGGGGCAACAUGAUUGAGAUAGCGGUGGAUUAUCCGCUUCAAUCUGUCACUCUCAGGUGUGAGGCACAAAACAUAGCUUCAAGGAGGACAACUACAGCUGUAAAGACUGUACAAAUAGCAGGGUCAGAUCGCAACCUGUCCACUCGUCCUGAAGCGACCCUAGCUGUGCUGCUGCUGGCCUUCAUCAUUUCUGGUGCCUUCACACUGAUGUGAUCCAGCUGCAGACAGAUUGAAUGUGUGAUGAAGAAAGGUCGGUGAAUUGUGGAGAAUUAAUGACUCAUGUACCGGUUAUCUCACGCUGCAUACUAUCCUUUUCCAUUCGUGUUGACAGUGGGCUGAACCCCUGUUUGCACUUUCUAGUACGAGGCGUGGAAAAGCACUUGGUCAUCGACGUGUGCACAUGGGAUGUCGGAACUGAGGAGUUGUGAAGAUAUCUGGAAGAUUCUUCCACAUUGAUACAUUUGAAAUGUUAUCUAUACAGAAAUAAAAUGAUGACUUUUAC